AUGAUGAAAUCAUUCUUUAAAGCUCCAUUAGAUAUAGAAAUUUUGUUAGACAAUGAGGAUUCCCGAAAACAUGUCCAUGGUAAUUUACCAUUGUAUGAAGAUGGAGAAUCUAUAAACGGGAUAGUCACAUUAAGAGUAAGAGAGGGGAAACGAGUGGAGCAUUUAGGUGUUAAGAUUUCUGUUAUUGGAUCAAUUGAUGUGGUUAAGAAGGCAGAUAAUGGAACCAACGAGAUAUUGUCAAAGAAACCCUUAGAUCAAUUUCUUUGCUUGAGCUACGAUUUAUGUCCCACGGGAGAAUUACAACAUUCACAAAGCUAUUCCUUUGCAUUUAAGGAUCUUAAUAAGAGAUUUGAAUCAUAUGUCGGAAGAAAUGUGGAAGUAAAUUAUUACGUUAAAGUUACCGUAUUAAGGAAAUCAACAGAUAUUUCGAAGAUUAAGAAAUUUUGGGUUUACCUCUAUAAAGAUAACGUUAGUGCAAUAACGACAGUUUCCAAUAGUUUAUCUACGCAACAACAACAACCUACUGCAAUAUCGAAUGGAGAAAACGCUGGUCCUGCUGAAGAAAAUGGGCAAUCUACAAAUAAUCAUAAUAAAGUGGCGGAUCCUCAAGCAAAACAAAUCAAGCUAGAUAUUGGUAUAGAGAAUUGUCUCCAUAUAGAAUUUGAAUAUUCAAAAGCUCAAUAUUCCUUAAAAGAUGUAAUUGUUGGUAGAAUAUAUUUCCUUCUAACUAGGUUAAAAAUUAGACACAUGGAAUUAAGUUUAUUAACGAGAGAAAUAUCUGGCAUGAAACCUAACACAACCAUUAAAGAUACCAUUACCAUUAGAUAUGAAAUCAUGGAUGGAUCUCCAGUAAAGGGAGAAACGAUACCAAUCAGGCUGUUCUUAGGUGGAUAUGACUUGACGCCUAAUAUGUCUUGUAAUUAUUUUAGUGUGAAGAAUUAUUUAAGUUUAGUUAUAGUGGAUGAAGAUGGUAGACGAUAUUUCAAGCAGUCUGAGGUGAUACUUUAUCGUACCAGAGAAUGA